GCUAUAACAGUACGAAAUUCCAUGGCCAAAUCAUUGUACAGUGCGCUGUUUGAUUGGAUCGUUUUUAGAAUUAACCAUGCACUUUUGAAUACCAAGGACUUAGAAGAAAGCACCAAGACUUUGUCCAUUGGAGUACUUGAUAUUUUUGGUUUUGAAGAUUAUGAAAGUAAUAGCUUUGAACAAUUUUGCAUUAAUUUUGCAAAUGAACGUUUACAGCACUAUUUUAACCAACAUAUCUUUAAACUGGAGCAAGAGGAAUACAGACUAGAAGGCAUCAGCUGGCAUAACAUAGACUAUAUCGACAACUCUGGCUGUAUAAACCUCAUCAGUAAAAAGCCCACGGGUUUGCUCCAUCUACUGGAUGAAGAAAGCAAUUUCCCACAAGCAAACAAUCAGACGUUACUAGACAAGUUUAAGCGUCAGCAUGAAGGGAAUCUCUACAUAGAAUUUCCUGCUGUAAUGGAACCUGCUUUUAUCAUAAAACACUAUGCCGGGAAAGUUAAAUAUGGUGUGAAGGACUUCCGGGAGAAAAAUACAGAUCAUAUGCGACCUGACAUUGUUGCUCUCCUUAGGAGCAGCAAGAGUGCCUUUAUCUGUGGAAUGAUAGGGAUUGAUCCCGUUUCGGUGUUUCGCUGGGCGGUCCUGAGAGCGUUCUUCAGAGCUGUGGUUGCCUUUAGAGCUGCUGGGCAGAACUACAUUGAGAAGAAAACUGGUUGUGCCUUGAUAGCUAAAGGGCAUGAUGAUGCUGUUUUGAAAAAUGUGGAUAGUUUUAGCUUUCUCCAUCACCCAGUUCAUCAGAGGAGCUUAGAGAUCCUACAGAGAUGCAAGGAGGAGAAGUACAGUAUUGCUCGGAAACGGCCGAGAACGCCCCUUUCUGACCUGCAGGGAGUUAACACGAUUAACGAGAAAAGCCAGCGCGAUGCCUACGGCGUGUGGAAUAGCAAGAUGGGCCUCCGACAGAGCCGACUCUCCAGCCCCAGCAGUUUCCUUGACAAAGACGGGAUAUUUGUGAAUUCAACUAGCAGCAAGCUUUUGGAGCGUGCUCACGGCAUUCUCAU